AUGAUGAAGGAACCAAGACCAGCAAGAAAGGCUCGUGUGCUGAAGGUGCCAACCAGGUCAUUGAACGUGUGGAGCAAGCUUACUGAACUAGAUUCUGGUCUAUCCAUCCUGGACUGGGUUGCGAUUGACAAGGACGCUGCUACGGAUCUCGUGGAUGGUCUGCGUGAUCUAAGGAAACAAAGAUCGAAACGUAUUAAACAGCAUUUGAUGGAGAUAGAUGGUAACAUCAGAGAACCUCCAAACAAAAUCAACGUUGUCCAUGAUCCCGAUAUCUUUGAGGUUUCUUCAUACUAUGACUCUAACUCAUCUAGUGGUGGUGAUUCCAUGACAUCUUCUAUUUCAGAUUCUGACUCGGAUCUCAACUUCGACGACACCCACUCAGUAUAUCGUUAUCCCUACGAUCUGUCAAAAAUGAAAUGGAGUUCCCCUCUCAAGGCUGAAAUAUCGAUUAAUGGCCAGGAGGUGACUGCUUGUUUCGAUACCGGUGGCUCUAUAAGUGUUAUCUCAAGGUCCUUGUGUGAAUCUCUGGGUGUGGCUUGCAAUGGCGACUCUCUGCAAUUAGUAGGGCUUAACAAUGAAUCUGCUGGUGCGCGUGGUGAUGUUGUGAUGGAUGUGCCAAUCUGUAUCCAAGGCAAACACAUAAGGCCAGAGCACAUGUGCGUUCAAGACCAAACGAAUGCGGAUCUCUUAAUUUUGGGUAUUCCAUGGUUGCAAGCAUAUGGCGUUGAACUGGACAUCGCGAACUCUAUCAUCAAGGUACCUACUACGUCUGGUCUCGUCAAGUGGCAGGGUUUUACAUCGCACAUUCCAGGUUUGGUGCAAGAUAAAAGCAAAGAAAUUUACAAGAUUGAACUAGCUACGAAGCAUGCUGCAUCGUUGGAGGAAGGUCUCAUACCUGAUACAUUUGAAGAAACUAAAUACGAUAAGGACAAUAUUGCCGAAGUGCUCCGGAAUCUCUACAUGAAUUACUGA